AUGCCUCUAUUCAGCUUCAGCUCUCUGUCAGAGCAGAAAAUCAGGCACGCGCUCUCCCUGGAGCCCUUGGGGCCCUAUAACAGUGAGCUCCUUGACCUCUCGAUAUUGACGUUUGAGCCACGCAAGAUGGAGACAGUGUGUGAUGUAUUGGAGAAGAAGCUCAUCAAAAUCCUUCUUCAGGCCCACAAGCUGCUGUUUCCCAAAGUUGACCAUCUCACCCGGUCGAGGUCGCUUUCGACGAAAAACUCCCACUCCUUCGCCCCUCCCCAGCGGUCACACACGUUUUCUCCACAAAAAAGGCAGAACGAGUUUGUCUCUCAGCUUGUAACUCUCAAGUGCCUCACCGUUAUUGUCUACUUGUGCCAGUGGGGCUCUGGAAGCUUCAUGAACUGGCUCAAACUCAAGUACACGCUGAUAGUGCAGCCAUUGGCGACUUUGGCGUUUCUGCCCACGUAUGCGCUGGCCAUCUACGCUAAGGUGGAUGCGGUGGUGCGUUUUUGCGAGGAUGACGAUGCUCUCAGGGUCUCAAGAGACUCUUUGGACAAUAUGAGGCUCGAGAUGAGAUUUGGCGGGUCCGAGAGACUUGCAGCAAGAUCGCUAGACGGUACUGGCCAACCCCCUUUGGUGAAAUUGUCGCCCAAGCAAUUUUGA